CUCACGUUCCUUUCAGUGUUCUACUUGGUCAAACGCUGGCCUUGCCCACGAUUUCGCUUCUCUCGUCCUUUCCAUGUGAACCACCACCAUCGUCAUGAUGCAGAGGUGGAACAGAAAGAAGGCCCAUUUUCCUUUGCUUGUGCUUUUCUUCCUCAUCUUCGUGGUCGUGACAACCUUCCUCCACAGUGAAAGUAGUAUACAUCAAAUCCACGAAAACCCUGAUCAUGUUCAUAAUCAUCAAGAAACUUCUCCAGUCACAUAUGUCAAACCCAAUCUUCCUGCUCAGCUCAACCGUGCUUCAGGGAUUUUGGAUAGAUUCAGUAGAUGCAACUCCACCAAAGAGUAUAGUGGCAGGAAAAUUUCGUCGGUAGACCGUUCCCAGCAAUCCGGCAGCGCGAGAGAGAAUCUUGAAGGCUGUGACAUUUUCUCGGGGAAGUGGGUUUAUGAUAAUAGCUCACACCCACUGUACAACGAAUCGGAUUGCCCUUACAUGUCGGACCAACUGUCUUGUCACAAGCAUGGACGGCCGGAUUUGGGGUACCAAUACUGGAGAUGGCAACCACAUAACUGUAAUUUGAAGAGAUGGAAUGUGGCCGAGAUGUGGGAGAAGUUAAGAAAUAAAAGGCUAAUGUUUGUUGGCGAUUCGUUAAACAGAGGACAGUGGAUUUCUAUGGUGUGUUUGUUGCAGUCAGUAGUUCCUGCGGAUAAAAGGUCAAUGUCGCCAAAUGCCCCUUUGACAAUUUUCCGAGCAGAGGAGUACAAUGCAACUGUGGAAUUCCUCUGGGCUCCAUUGCUUGUCGAAUCUAAUUCUGACGAUCCAGUAAAUCACAGAUUAAAUGAGCGGAUAAUUCGUCCAGAUUCUGUUCUUAAGCACGCAUCACAGUUUGAGCAUGCUGAUAUACUUGUUUUUAACACUUACUUGUGGUGGAGACAAGGCCCGGUCAAGCUAUUAUGGGCUGAUGCAGAAAAUGGGGCCUGUGAAGAGUUAGAUGGGUUAGGAGCCAUGGAGUUGGCCAUGGGGGCCUGGGCAGACUGGGUAUCAUCUAAAGUUGAUCCACUCAAGAAGCGAGUUUUCUUUGUGACCAUGUCCCCAACACAUCUUUGGAGCAGAGAGUGGAAGCCAGGGAGUGAGGGAAACUGUUAUGGGGAGAAGCAGCCUAUUGAUGUUGCGGGAUACUGGGGAAGUGGCUCUGAUCUGCCAACGAUGCGCAUGGUGGAGAAUCUCCUGAGCAGGUUAACCUCUAAAGUUUCUGUCCUCAACAUAACGCAGCUCUCAGAGUACCGAAAGGACGGCCACCCAUCAAUCUUCCGGAAGUUUUGGGAGCCAUUGCGCCCUGAACAGUUGUCAAAUCCUCCAUCUUACUCUGAUUGCAUACAUUGGUGCCUGCCGGGGGUACCCGAUGUAUGGAAUGAGUUACUAUUCCAUCUCUUGUAGAUCCGUUUGCAAGCCUUAAUAUUCUUGAUUCGUGAUGGCAACUAAUCUCAGUAUUUCAGAUACAAGAAAAAGAGAGUUGUCCAUUCUUUCUUCUGCAGAUUCUUGUGGAGGGAAUUCUUCAUUGUGGCAAACCACAAAAUUUGCAUGUAAAGGAUGAUGUUGCCGUUGCUUCCCCUCAUCCCCAACAAGAAGCACCCAAAAAAAGAAAAGAAGAAAGCAAAAAAAGACUAAAAAACAGAAAAAGGCAAAAAAAAGGAUCAUAUAUUGCUUGUGUGGAUGUUGAUGAAUGCUGUAAUUUCUAUGACGAUCACCCUUGGUUGCAGAGAUUUUUGGGACUUAAAAAA